AAAACAGCUGUUCGUAAAAUUCUCCGAUGGAUCAAUCUCUAGUCUUCGAUCCACAAUGUUAGUCGGUUCGAGUGUUUGACUAGCAGUAUCAGAGAGGAUUAGCGUAUCUAUCACCAGAAUCGACGCAGUGUUUUUUAUUCUGGGUUUUUGUGAGAUCGGAUGGAAGAAAGGAAGCAAUCGCGUUACGUGAAACUCUCUAAAGAUCAGGCGCCUCUGCAGGAUAUCCAGCCCGGCGAACUUAAUCAGCCAAUUGAGGUUCCUCAGUUGGCUGUUCGCAAAUGCAGUGAAUGCGGACAGGAGCUACCCGAAAGCUACUCACCUCCUGCAGAUGAACCUUGGACAACGGGGAUCUUUGGAUGUGCUGAAGAUAGAGAAAGUUGCUUAACAGGACUGUUUUGUCCUUGCGUAUUAUUUGGGCGCAAUGUGGAAAGCUUGAGGGACGACACUCCUUGGAAUAAGCCAUGCGUUUGUCACGCUAUUUUUGUUGAAGGUGGCAUUGCUCUAGCAGCAGCGACUGCAAUUUUUCAUGGUAUUGAACCUGGGACAGCAUUUCUCAUCGGCGAGGGUUUACUUUUUACUUGGUGGAUGUGCGGGAUUUACACUGGUCUGGUUCGGCAAUCCCUACAGAAGAAAUAUCACCUAAAGAACUCGCCGUGCGACCCAUGUUGUGUCCACUGCUGCUUGCACUGGUGUGCCUUAUGUCAGGAGCACAGGGAGAUGAAGGUACGGCUCACCGAUGUCGCUGUGCCGAUGACUGUGGUGAACCCGCCUCCAGUUCAACAGAUGAGGUCCACAGACGAUGACAAGGAAAAUUCAGAAGCAACUUCUGCUGACAAAAACAAUGAGCAUACCCAUUUGGAAAUGCAGCCUAUUUAGGAUAUACCAUUUGUUUAUAGUCUAAAGAAUAGCAUGCUUGUAUGAAAUUUUACACCAUAGAGAAACCCCUUUCCCCUGAGAUUGAGUUGUUGCUCUGGACAUGUUGAUUACUUGCACAGAAUUCCUUUGAGAGCCAAAUUUUUCUUUCUUAUCUGCCUGAUUGAGCUGUUGAUCCUAACUUUUCUAUCUCUGUUUAUUAAUGAAUCUUUUUUUGAGCGCCAUCAAGGCAUUGAUGUAUUUUGCACCAUUUGGUUGAAAUGGUGAGAAAGUUGGAUGAAAAAUUAUACAA